CCCAGCAACAAGUGGUCACCGCAUCCCGUGCUCCGUGACGUCACGCGCGCGUCACCAAACACGCCGUCGCCGAUUCUUCGUCGCGAUGAUUCACCUGUCGUGACUUGUCGUUGAGAAUCCGAGAAAGGGCUCUUAUUCACAGCCGAAAUUCGCGAGGGCUGGCUGACGGCGGAACUAGCGCCGUGGUUGUGUGAUGCGAGCUCGAGCCCUCUAGGCGACGCGCUCUUGUGCCAGUGCUUCCGGCCACUUAGUUCUAAAGCUACAACGUUGUGGCAACAGACUGCUGAGUGUCCGUCAUUGCGAGAAAACGACCCUGGCAACGGCUAGCCGAUCGUUGUCGUUGCCGCACACGAGGUCUUCAGCAACUGGCAUGGGAACAGGCGAGGACUACCGGCUGCAGGCGCCCAGAGCUGAGGCUGGCCAAUCAGCGCCGAGCCCUUCGCCGACUGGCGGGCCUGUGGAAGGGGGUUCGAGAUGCUGCGUCCCGGGCUGCGACUGCGCCGCCUUCACGCCGAGCCCCGGAAACGGAAGUCGUUUCUGCUGCGCCUGCGGACACGGAUGGGUACCUCACGCGGCCCUGUCGGCGACGGCGACGGUGGAGGAGGUGUGUGGCGCCGUGCUGCUGGGCUACCAGGCCCUCACCAUCCGGCUCAAGAUCCUGCUGGACCGCCUGCUGUCCGGCUUCUCCAGGGACGAGGUCCUCCACCUGCUCGCCGGCUUCGGAUGGACGCUAGAGGACUACGCCAGAGGAUACAUGCUACAGGACAAGUACGGAAAGAUGCUGCAGCGCUGGCACAUAUGCAGCGACGAAGAAGAACCGCUGGUCCUGCGGAGGUUUCUCGGGUUUCCUGAGACGAGAGGGUUAGCGAUGAAACUCAUGCAGCCAAGCAUCGGACCACGGUCCGAAUGCGGAAGCAGCAACGAAAACUUGCUUGUGGCUCCGUGUUCCGGCGAUCUGCCACUCUCGUUGAAUGGAGCACCCUACGAAAGGCGUCCCAUCCUGAAGGUACUGUCCCCGCCUUCGGGUGCGACUGUAUGCAAGACUGCACUGCCCAUACCCCACCCAUCUCCACUGUACCAGCUCCAGAACAUGCAGCCCCUGGACUUCUGUAAGAUGGAGAGGGCGAACGGGGAGCGACUGCAGCAGCAGACGGUCCAAGAGGAGCCGGGGCUCAUCAACCUGAGCAUGCCGAAGCUCGCUGAGGUUCCCAAGUGGUACAGGGAGGACGCGGACCAGAUGAGGACAAGCUACGGAACUUCGACGGCGUCCUUAUCCAGGCCGUCCCCUCCCACGAGCGUAUUUUCGGAAGCGGACAAGACGAGCAGAGGCAGCAGCUGCCUGGCCGACUCUGGAGAUGAAGACGACGACGUCGAAAACUACCAAAGCGCGAUGAAUCUCAGUAGGGACUCCAGCAAUGGAGCGCGCCAUACAGCGCAAGAAGACACGAAGCGACGAGCGCCAUCUUCUCCGAAGAGGAAGUGGGGCUCCAGUCUGCUGGACUUGCCUUUCAACCUGGCCACGCCCGUCGUGAACCAAGUGACGGGGAAGAAGCGUGUCCAGUGCAACGUCUGCCUCAAGACUUUCUGUGACAAGGGCGCACUCAAGAUCCACUUCUCGGCCGUCCAUCUCCGCGAGAUGCACAAGUGCACGGUGGAGGGCUGCAACAUGAUGUUCAGCUCGCGGCGGUCGCGCAACCGGCACAGUGCCAACCCCAACCCCAAGCUGCACUCGCCGGGCUUCAAACGCAGGACCUCACCGCAGGAGGGCGGCUCCGGACGCCUGCACGCGCUGCCGCUGGUCGCCCCUGCGGCCGCCGCCACCGUGGCCGGCGGCUGCGUCGACCUCUCCACGCACAAGUAUGACGAGAAGAUAGAAGACAGCUGGUAUCAAAACGCCGAUGGAGCAUCGGAUAACAUACGGCCACUUACCAAUGGUGUUGCCAUUAAGACUGAGAAAAUCGAUGAACCAUAUGGCGAGUACGAGAAAGAAGAGGAAAAUUCGUCAGUGCCGUUUAGUUUCAGUGCAAGUCUUUGUCACCCGUACACCGAUAAUCAGAAGUUUUCACAAGGCCCUUACGAAGAAAACCAACUUAAGGAGGAGUUUACUGAUGUGAAAACUGAGUGCAGAAGUGAAGACACUCACCUUGAAAGCCACGAUAAGGAGGAGUUAAGUGACGUAAAAAGGACGUGCGUAAGAGAGGAUGUGAGCAAAGCCAGCGAGCAAUUACCCCUGAGGGGAGUGCGUAAACGAAAAAGUCGAAAUCCGACACGCUACGGGUCGUGCCCAAAAAGGACUCACGUACUGUCCUUAGAGUCUGUCGCAAGUGAAAGGGAUUUCAACGAAUGUGUCGAACAAACUAUCACAGAUGGAACAUAUGAUGCAGGACGAUCAGACCAGCAGAAAUGUGUCGCAGUCAUCAGUCACACGGAAGAGACAUCAGAAGUUCGGGAGGAGAAAGAUCGAUGUGUACCAGUCGGCGAUGUAUCAGAUAUCGAUACUAAUCUGUGUACUCGGAAAUCGGAGCAGAGUCCAGAAAAUGAAGAGGGCUGUGUUGAAGACAACUGUAAAAUACCAGGUAGUGGGAUGGAUGAUUACAGCUGUCUGGAAUCAUAUAGUGAAUUAGUUUCGGAUGUGAAGCACAACGAGGAAGCACCAAGUGGUAGAGAGGUUGUUCCUAGAGAUACGAGAAAUUUUAUCGACGUGGAGCCGGAGAAGUGCAUCGCAACAGAAGCUGGCGAAGUUACCAGAGACUGUAGUGAUCCAAACAGUGAGGUUGAUGAAAAGACAUGUAUAGACGACCAACUGAAGAUGCGGGUUCUUGAGGAUACCUCCAUGCAGAGCAAGGGGCAAAACUCGGAUGAAGCUUGUUUGGCUUCUCAGAUUGAGACGUCAGAGCCAUUAGAGGAGAACCGUGACACGCCGAGCAGGGAAAUACCGAUGGACAAAGAGAACCCGCGCAGGUGCGUAGGGUGCGGGAAGGUGUUCCUGAACCACUUCUGCGUGAAGACGCACUACCGCAACGUGCACCUGCGGCUGCAGCACGGCUGCACCGUGCCCGGCUGCUCGGCCACCUUUCCGUCCAAGAGGAGCCGCGACCGCCACAGCGCCAACCCCAACCUGCACCGCAGGCUCCAGCCGGAGGGACAGCUGGAGGCGGCCGACCAGUAACGUUCCAGUCUGGGGUGACACCAAACGCUCAGCGUAGGAGAUGCUGUGACCCACCCCAGGACUUCUUGAAAUACAUGCCGCGCCACGGGUUUCAGGGGACCCUCGAAUCACCCCAAGACGGAGGCAUCAAUACGCGACCGAGCGGGCUGGGCGUACAGUAUACGAAAGAUUCCACGGAAAUCCAGGUGUAUCACUGCCGCAUCAUUUCGCAAACGGACAAGACUUGGAGCAGAAACCCUGCAGGCUAGGGAAGGAAGGAAUCUGAACAGCAGCUCAGAAUGUACUAGAAAGGAAAGAACUUUUCCUCACAGUCACUUUGCCUGCAGGAUCAGUUCCAGAAUUCAAACAGCAACAGGACCAACAUCUAAUGACGGUCUCUCUUCUCAAAGGAGCCAAGUGCGAUGAUGAACCAACACUAAUGACUUAUUAUAUGCUAGUCAAACAAUGUAUUUAUUGAAGCCUGAAAUAUUCUAGUUCCUAAACUGAAGUACAAAUGCGUUAUAAAUAUUUAUUUGUUAUAUUUUUUCGUCGUUUUAAGAAUGUACUAUUAUGUUAGUGCUUA